AUGGCGUGCCCGUACCUGAAACAUGAUCCCGAGGUCUACGUCCAAAGACGGUGCCGCGGGGCCGCCUUUAAGUCCAUUAGCAGACUGAAAGCCCAUCUACACAGUAACCACUCCCAAGACCCGAACUGCCUGCGCUGCCGCAGGGUCUUCACGACGGACGAGGAUGUGCACAGGCACAUGGAGUCAGAAGACUGCGAACGCGUCAAGGACGUCGUUGUUGAAGGAUUCGACAGGGACCAGAAGGAGAGGCUACAAAGCAAAAAGCGUGGGGGAGUGGGCGUGAAAUCCGACGAGGAGAAGUGGAAAGACAUCUUCCGGAUCCUCUUCCCGGAUUGUGACGAAAUCCCGGGCCCGUACUACAGCCUGAGCUUUGAUGAACCACUUGAGAGCCGGUCCACGUCUCAAUCGGAACGGCGUGAUGCAAAGCGCCGUCUGCCUGACGACAAUAUAUCACAGCUCGAGGAGGAGACAUCCCUCAAGAUUCGAAAGAUCACCGACGGCGACCUCAGCGAGACGAAGCAGCGCGAGCUCGUGGCGGCCAUCGUCCAGGACAUCUUGCUGCCUAGGAUCCGCCAGUCAUGCAAGGGCGAAGAGCAGCCUGCGGCGGAGUCGGCAGCUGCCGUCGUACCCUCAGCGGACGUGGAGGGCUCAUUCGGCACCGGGCUCAAGAGCCAGAACAGUCUCGGUGCCGGCUUGGGGGAGUCGCUGAGCUCGUGCAGCUCCGGAGCGAUCUCGCAGCUGAUGGCACAUCCGGCAGAGCCCGGUGAUUCUGUCGUUCCGGGCAAUGGUGCCCGCGACGAAGGUGUUUUGAACGUUCCACAGACGGUGUCGGGGACAGGGAUAGAGGAGGAGCCGUUGCCGCUGGACGUUUUCGGCGAUUCUUUUGACCUGGGGCUGCUUUACUCGUACGACCCGAGUUUCGGCGACUGGGCCAUCGGGAUCGAGACCGACCCCGCGGGAAUAAGCACCAGGUGGGUGAGCGACCCGGUCGAUAUCCAGCCCAGGGCCGCUGUUCCGUGGGACGACAGCGUUACACUCGAGGGACAGCCCAUCGAUGGUGCCCUCCCGGAAAGCGAGCUGGCAAAUGAACAUGUGUCAGGCGUGUCCAGGACAGAAUCUUUGACAACAAGGUUUGGAGAGGAAAGUUUCAGCUGGGUGGACGGGGAAUUGCCGUCGCGGCCGUAG